AUGAGUUACCGACUUGACUUUCUGCUGGUCCUUUUGCUCUGCCUUGGUGCUGACUCCAGGACUUCAGAGACUCCGACCUCCACCUCUUCCCUGAAGUUGACUCCAAUAACGCCCCAGGCUACACUUCCUGGAGCCACAUCUUGGGCAGAAGGUGGUACUGUGUCACAGCCAUUUUCCAGUUUCCUGGGCUCUGUGGAUAAGCAUGGGACUUGCCAGUGUUCUGUUUCCCUGCCGGACACCACCUUUCCCGCUGACAGAGUGGAGCGCUUAGAGUUCACGGCUCACAACCUCUCUCAGAAGUUUGAGAGAGAGUUUUCUAAGGUGAAGGAGUAUGUCCAGCUCAUCAGUGUGUAUGAGAAGAAGCUCCUGAACCUGACUGUCCGAGUAGAGGUCAUGGAGAAGGACAGUAUUGGUUACACACAACUGGACUUCGAGCUUAUCAAACUAGAAGUGAAGGAGAUGCACAAACUGGUCGUACGGCUGAAGGAGAACUUUGUGGGAAGCUCAGAAAUCAUUGACCAGCUGGAAGUGGAGAUAAGGAAUAUGACUCUCCUGGUAGAGAAGCUGGAGACGCUCGACCAAAACAACGUCCUUAGCAUUCGCCGGCAAAUCUUGGCUCUGAAAAACAAGCUAAAAGAAUGUGAGGCCUCUAAAACUGAGCUUGUACCUGCCACGCCCCCUCCUCCUGCCCCUGGAAGCUGCAGUCACGGUGGUGUGGUGAACAUCAGUGCUCCCUCUGUGGUUCAGCUCAACUGGCUAGGGUUCAGUUAUAAAUAUGGUGCUUGGGGUCGAGAUUACUCUCCGCAGCAUCCAGAGCAAACUCUCUACUGGGUGGCUCCUCUGAGAACAGAUGAGAGGAUUCUAGAGUAUUACAGACUUUAUGACUCACUGGAUAAUUUGUUAAUCUACUCACAUUCUCAAAACUAUCGCAUGGUCUACGGCCAAGGGGGUGGUCUGGUUGCAUACAAUAACAACAUGUAUGUAAAUUGGUAUAAUGGGAGGAACAUUGCCAAAAUUAACCUGACUACCAACGUGGUUACUGUUAAUCAACCUCUCCCUAUGGCUGCUUACAAUAACCGCUUCUCGUAUGCUAAUGUGAAUUGGCAAGACAUUGACUUAGCUGUGGAUGAGCAAGCACUGUGGGUGAUCUAUGCCACCGAGGCCAGCACUGGGAACAUAGUCAUCAGUAAACUCAAUGAUACCUCUCUUGAGGUGCUAAACACAUGGGUUACCAAGCAGUACAAACCAUCUGUUUCUAAUGCCUUCAUGGUCUGUGGAGUUCUCUAUGCUACCCGCACUUUGAACACCAAAACAGAAGAGAUUUUUUACUACUAUGACACAAACACAGGGCGGGAAGGCAAUCUAGCCAUUCCAAUGAGAAAGAUGCAGGAAAGAAUUCAGAGCAUUAAUUAUCAUCCCUUUGACCAAAAACUUUAUGUCUACAAUGAUGGUUAUCUUCUGAAUUAUGAUCUUGUCUUCUCACGAGAGUCCAGGCAACCUAUCUAGGUGUUAGGGUGAAGGAGAAAUAAAAGUUGGUUGAAAACCGCCUUCUCCACAUAUUUAGACAUCUGCAAAAGGAAAUCCUGGCGUGUAUUUCUUUGGAGUGCUGUUUAGUAGAGAUAGAGUUCUAGCACAAUAGAGACCUAGCGUACUUCUCUCAAUUUGACUUCUCUUGGGAACUAUCGUCCUCUUUGGAUGGAUUUCACAACUGCAAUAAGGUCCUUCUGGGUGAAGCUCUCAGAGGUUAGGGGUACUAACUGUCUAGUGAAGUCUCCAGUGAGGUGAAAUCUGGAAAUUAAGGAACUUAAGGGGAACUCAGUAUGCACUCUGGGGAUUCUUUCUCGAGGAAAAUUUGCAUAGUCAUCUAUUGUGUAGCCCAUGGACUUGUCCACGGGGGAAAGGAAACUGGGCCUUAACUAGAUAGAUUAACAUUGGAAGGUGAACAAGGGGCCAAAUACCUAUCUUUGGAUUUUUUUCAUUAGCUCCUGGGACCUGCUCUGUGCUUCCCGGAUAGGUAAAUGUGGCGCCUUACAUGAUGUCUGUUAGACAUUUUGAGUUUUCUGGAUUAAGGAAGAAACCUUUUGUACAUGAAGUUAACCAGUCCUGGAGGGAUUUUCAAAUGAUAGACUUGGCUCUUGUUUUCCCCCACUCUUCACCUACACAACACAGUAGAACCCUUUACCUCGUAAUUCAGCUCCCAAGGCAGUCAUAAUAUUAGAAGCAAAGUCAGAAUCAGUUGCCUUUAUCUACUGCCUAUGUGUUUUUCUUAACCAUUGACUAGCUUUCUACAGGAUAGAUAUAAGAUAAAAUUAACUUUACUUUGUCUUACUAUGCAAUUUUGGUUUGCAUAGCAUGAAGACUGUAAAAUAAAUUCAGUUGACAGUGGCA